AUGGCUCCCGCCAUGGGCGUUAAUCCUUAUGGAACAGAUUCCGAGGAUGAAGACUACGAAGACGAUGCCCCCAUCCCCCCUCGACGCAACGGUAGUAAGUCGAAAUCCACCUCACGCAACAAGAACUACUACGCAAAGAAGUCUCGCCGCAUCACCGAUGAAGACGAAAUAACGGAUGACGAUGUCAUUUCUUCUCUUGAUGACGAGCCCGAGGAACCAGUCCAUCCCGAUCAACUCAACGCUCGCGGUAGUCAACGACGCAGAACUGUCCCGACCAAUGGCUACAAAGAGAAAGAUGCUUCUGAUGAGGAAGCUUAUGAUGAAGCCUCUUCCGGCGAGGAUGAAGUUAACCAAAAUGAUGAGGUAGUUGCGACCAUUGAAGAGGCUUCUGUAAUCGAUGAUUCAGUUCCUACGGACGAUUCGCCUCUCGAGCAAUUCGAGCCCGCUCAACCGUCGAAGGUGGUCAAACUCCCCUUCAAUUCUCGUCGCGUUACAAGAAACACGUGCGCUGUUGAUGAUGGACUCUUUGCUUUGUCGGAAUCCGGCCGCCACGCGAAUGUUGUUGACAAGGGAUCAAAACGACCUGCCUCUCGGCAGCCCGCAGGCAAGAAACCCCCAGGAAAGAAGCUCAAGGGGGAUGACAGCGACGACUUCAAACCUGAUGAAGAAGAUGAAGAGAGCUCCAAUGACGAUGCAAGUUCUUCACCUCCGUCUCGGUCUCGUAAGGGAACUCAGACACAGGAUGACAGCCCGUCUGCCCGCCCGAGAACUCGGGCGUUUUCUGAACAGGAAGAAAUGGCCGAAGAGCUGCACGAGUUGGGAGUCCGCUCUAAGAAGCGCGUCCGAUCGCCGCAGCCUGCCCAUAAUCGGGUUAAGCGCAACAAGCCAAUUCACAAUUACGCCAUUCCACAUCCGGACGAGGCCGAGCAGCAAGAGUCCGAGAAAGAGUCUCCCUUUCGUCGUGGCCCUACUGGUCCCUGGAAGCGCACGUUGUUCCCAACCGCUGGCCCCUUUGGUGGUGCCCGACCCUCUAUUCUUGGUCCCGUCGAAGGUAACAAUGCCCUCGUAGAUUUUGAUGCCGAUAGUAGCGACGAGGAAUCCAGUCAACCGGAUAUCACCCCUUCCGGCCAGGCCGUCCCUACCUCUACCGACAAGGUAUCAGGAAAGGUUGUGAAUCUUGGAAAAUUGAAGGACAAGAAAAUCUUGUCAGAUGCGGACCCCUUGGGCGUGGAUUUAAAUGUCGAUUUCGACAGCGUCGGUGGUUUGCAAGGCCACAUACUACAACUUAAGGAGAUGUUGGCGUUGCCGCUGCUUUACCCCGAAAUUUUUGCCAAAUUCGGCAUUGUUCCGCCCCGUGGGGCCUUAUUCCACGGUCCUCCUGGUACUGGUAAGACCCUAGUGGCUCGGGCCCUCUCCAAUAGCCUUAGCUCCGAAGGUCAUAAAGUGACUUUCUACAUGAGAAAGGGUGCAGAUCUUCUGAGCAAAUGGGUAGGAGAAGGUGAGCGGCAGCUUGUUCUGCUGUUCGAGGAAGCGAAGAAGACUGCGCCGUCCAUUAUUUUCUUCGAUGAAAUCGAUGGGUUGGCGCCACCCCGAUCAGGGAAGAGUGAGCAAUCUCACACAACUUCUUUAGUCUCAACACUUCUGUCAUUGAUGGACGGCUUGGAUGGUCGUGGUCAAGUGAUUGUUCUCGGCGCAACCAACCGACCGGACGCUGUCGACCCUGCCCUUCGACGUCCUGGUCGUUUCGACCGUGAAUUUUACUUCCCCCUUCCAGAUACCGAGGGUCGUCGGGCGAUCCUUGACAUCCAUACGAAGGGUUGGAACCCGGCCCUCUCAGAAGUGGUCAAAGACGAGAUUGCGCAGUUAACAAAAGGAUAUGGGGGCGCCGAUCUGCGAGCCUUGUGCAUGGAGGCCGCAUUGAUAGCGGUCCAAAGACGGUACCCUCAGAUUUACAAAUCUGCCCAGAAACUCCUUAUCGACCCAACAACGAUCACUGUUCUGCCCACCGACUUUAUGGCUGCCGCCAAAAAGAUCCUCCCGUCAUCAGAACGUUCGACGUCAUCAGGAGCAUCUCGGCUGCCCGAGAGUAUUGAGCCUCUGCUGCGCUGUUCUCUCAAAAGAAUAGAGAUCAUCCUUAAAGACGUUCUCCCGCAGUACAAACCUCUUACUACGUUGGAGGCGGCCGAAUACGAAGAGGAUAGCCGGCGCGAGAAAAACCUUGAAGAAUUCGAUCGCUCCCGUGUCUAUAGACCACGACUAUUGAUCAGAGGCAAUAAAGGAAUGGGCCAGCAGUAUCUUGCAGCCGCGCUUUUGAACGGAUUUGACGGCUUGCACGUCCAAUCUUUCGAUUUGCCCACCUUGAUUAGCGACUCGACUCGUUCACUCGAAAUGGCAGUUCUCAAUUCGUUCACAGAGGUUCGAAAGCAUAAGCAGGGGGUGAUUUUCAUCCCGGAUCUGCAGGCAUGGUGUGAUACCGUGGGCCCUACUAUAAUCAAAACUUUCAUGGCCAUGAUGCGGUCAAUUCCACCGACUGACCCCAUUCUGCUGCUCGGUGUGCUUGAGUCUACUGGAGACGGUUUAGACCAUGAGACAAUUUCCGACUUAUUUGGUUCGAGCAAAAACAACGUCUUUGAUCUCGAUUCUCCCGAUGAUGCUGAACGCCAUGCAUUCUUCUCCAAGAUCAUAGCAUACAUCAUGACUCCACCAUCGGAGUUUCCCGAAUCAACCCGGAAAAAGCGGCAGUUGGAGAAGCUGCCACUUGCACCUCCACCUCCCCCUAAGGCGGAAGUCCCCUUGACAAAGCAACAGCUGAAAGCGCAAAAGAAGCAGGAUCGCACCGUCCUACAUCUCCUAAAACUACGCAUCCAGCCAACCAUGACUCAAGCAAAGAAGGCCAGGAAAUUCAGGACUGGCAUCAUCGACGAAACAAAAAUCCGCUACCUUUAUGAUGAAGCCGAUCCCGAUAUUGUGACGGGCGAUGUUCACAAUGCCGAGGACCGGCCUUAUGAAAAGGCUUUGGACAAGAAUGGUGUCAUCGGACUUCGAGAAGUAUCUACGGAUAAAUUCUAUUAUAACAUGGAUCUUUCCUUGAUAGAGAAAAGACUCUCGAACGGGUUCUAUACCCGAUUCGGCGAUUUUCUAGCGGAUUUCAAAAAAAUUGCCAAGGACGCUCGGGUCUUGGGCGAUGAGGAGAGAAUUAUCCGUGCUAACGAACUUCUCGCCAACGUCGAAAUGGAUAUCACCGCAAUUGAACAGUCGGAUCCCCUUUUGAUAUUCCAAACUGACCAGCUACACUCUCGGAUGCUUGCUCGGAAUGCUGUCGUUGCCGUUGCUACGGAAGAAGUUGAGGAGAAUUCCUCCCGCCUCGUAAGGAAUCCUAUCAGCAACGGGUCCGGAAACACUGGCCCAGAUCUCACCGUAGGUCAGCUACACUCUCAGAUGCUUGCUCAGAAUGCCGUCGUUACCGCUGCCACGGAGGAGGAAGUUGAGGGAACACCUUCCCGCCCAGCAGAGAAUUCUGUCAGCAACGGGUCCGGAAACACUGGUCCAGAUCUCACCGUAGGUCAGCUAAACUCUCAGAUGCUUGCUCAGAAUGCCGUCGUUACUGCUGCCACGGAGGAGGAAGUUGAGGGAACACCUUCCCGCCCAUCAGGGAAUUCUGUCAGCAACGGGUCCGGAAACACUGGGCCAGAUCUCACCGUGUAUCCGGACCGGGGUGAUCAGGAAGAUCACCUACCAGAUACCCAACAAGGUACGCAGCAAGGCUCGGUGGUAGUAGAUAGUGAAGUGGUCGAGGAGCUACACCAAGCUCUCACGGAUAAGUCGCGAGGCUUAUCCGUGGAGCAGCUCCAACACAUCUCAUCCACCAUCACUGUUUACCUUUGGGAAAAGAGGGGGGAGUGGGACCGGACACAAGUGUGUAGAGGAGCAAUUAUUCUCCUUGACCAAGUAUUGGGAGAGACCCUUUUG